AUGGUAGACAACUUCCUCUACUAUUACCUAUAUCGAGGGGGAAGUUGUCAUAGUAAUAACGAACUAAUCGAAGCUAUCAUUGAAGAAAUCAAGAAUUAUGUGUUCGAUGAUCGAGGAAUCAUACUAUCGCCGCAUGGAUAUAGCGGAAUUCCAUUGCAAGGUGAGACUCCGCUAACGACGAGGACCGAUGAUUUAUGGAAGAUUAUUGACAUUCUCUUUAAGAUGAGCACUGAAUUUGAGGGACUCGUUUUUCGAAUUGCUACAACAAUCGAAAGUGAUAACCUGUUUUAUCGCGAAGCCGAACGAAAUGAGGUGCUACCAAAAUGGGUUGCUAAGACCGAGGAUUUCACUCGAAGAGUCUACGGUUUCGGUGGUGUACUUCACGUCGUUUCUCCUGAGCUUAACGCUAAAUUCCCAAAUAUGACCGACAUAGAUAUAGUGAGGAAGCACUCUCGCGAAUCCAGAAACAUUCUUAUUACGGAGGCAGUCAAGCAGAGAUUGAUGACUGCUUCUUCACGGAAUUUCGGUAUGCAACGAACAAGCGUCAAUCUACCCUCAGAGCUGGCGUACAUUGCACGCCAACGACCUGAAUUACUCAGUGCUGCCAUACGAGAAUACGCAAGGACUGGAAGUGACAAGGAUGAAGUUCCUGAGCGUUGCUCCCCCGAGGGUGAUGACGUCAUGGUUCAUGUGUUACUAAAUGCGACUGAUUGGCAGACUGUAACAGCAGUUGCUGAUAUUGAAAUGCCAUGCGACAUCGUUUCCCAUCGUGUUUCUAGAGCUCUAAUUGCAUUUGACCAUCGACAUUCUUCUAUUCAAAAUGGAGUACAUAUUCCAGAUGAUACACAGCUUUUCAAGCGGGUUACUGAUCGUUUCGAACGAGAGCGCCUCAGUUUUUUGUUCUCAACUUUGUUCAAGGCGCAGAACUCUCUCACGCACACAUAUCAAAUUGCAAAGAUUUGUGUUUCGGAUCGACACUUGGCGGAAUGUAGGAAGUUGUUUAAAGAUGGCAUGUCGUCUUCAAGCGAAGCGCGGAAUUCCGCAUGCUCUGGUGACGAUGAAAGCGACAGCAAAACCCGUGAAUCGAAGCGACACGUGUACAAAAAACGUAGGGGAGAUUUGGGUAAAAAACGUGUUUUGGCUGCUAUUGUUCCAAAAACCGAGAUACAAACACCCUGUGAGGAAGAAGCUCCUCCAGUGGCCUCUAAUACAGGUCAGUUGAGGCAUUUUGAACGUGCUGUCAAUGGGGACGAUGUAUACAAGGAAUCUUCAGAAGAGAGAUCAUUAGGGGAGGAAGAAGACAUGGAUCUGUUUAUAACGAAGCCAAAACCAAAACUUAAAAAUAUGACGUUAUCUGCAAAAACGACCUUAGAUAUCUCUGCAGCUUCUGAUGACGAUGGUGGUUUUGACGUUUCGGAAUUGAUGAACGCAGUUCCACCAAUAGCUGUUGCGGAUGAGGAUUUUGACGAUAUUUGA